AUGGAUAGGUCACUGGCGCCCAAGCCAGCCCUCCCGACCCGAGGCUUCGGAAAACGGACCGAGGGCGCCCUGGGAAGGAGCUGCGCAGUGCUUGGAGAGGGGCCUGCCUGCAAGGCAGGGGCGGGAGCCGCGGCGCACCUUUCGCCCGCUGGGAGACGUUUACCUGGGACUGGAGUGCUGGAGGAGAACCGGGAAGAGGGCGGCAAGGACAGGCUCGGAUUCUGCUCUCCACCCAGAUAUACCCAAACCCAGAUCGUAAAGGCGGGGGUGAGCGCCGGGGACCUGGACGCGGCUAGCGGCGCGCACUGCGCACGGGAGCGCUAG